AGGAGACAAUGGCGUACCUUGGGCUGAUGAUUGAAAGCAAUUUCGAAAGGGCUUUUCUAUUAUGGCGUCCACUUGGCCAAAAUCUGUUACACAUAUAUGAACAUACGUUGUCACUUAAACGCGUGUUUUCAUUUAGUGCAGCUUUUGCAUUAGUCUACUUGCUCUUCCUCAAAUUAACAAUAUGAUGCAAUGGCAUUCGUGAGGAGAAGAAAAUAUUAAGGUCAAUAAUGAUAAAGUGAUCUUGUCAAUGAGUUGAAAUCAAAAAGUAUUAUUUGUUCGUUCCUUUUGUGUCUAUAUUGUUAUUCAGAGUUUUUUUUUUUUUUUCGUUGAGUUCCAAAGUUCAACAUCCGUUGAGUUGAACCGGUUACCCUUACAGUAGCUGCCUGUCAUUCUCUCGUGUAUAACAUCAGUGCUAAAGACAAUAAAACAUAAAUAUCAUGUCUGAAAGUCAAUCUGUCAGUCCUGUGAAAUAUUUUAUUAGUGGGGGAGUUGGAGGAAUUUUUACUGUUAUUACUGGCCAUCCACUUGAUACAAUAAAGGUUCGCUUGCAAACUGCUCCAAAGCCGGCACCAGGUGAAUCUCCUCUGUACAAAGGGACAUGGGAUUGUGCAAAAAAAACUGUUUCGAAGGAAGGACUACGGGGACUCUACAAAGGUAUGGGUGCUCCUCUCACUGGAGUUGCGCCGAUUUUUGCUAUGAGCUUUUUAGGCUAUGGAGUUGGAAAGAAGCUCCAACAAAAAUCCGAUGAUGAAAAAUUAACGCCUGUCCAGCUAUUCUACGCUGGCGCUUUUAGUGGAAUUUUUACGACAGUCAUAAUGGCACCUGGUGAACGAAUUAAAUGCCUUCUUCAAAUCCAGCAUGGCCAGGCAGUAGCAAAAUAUAAUGGACCAGUUGAUUGUGUCAAACAAUUGUAUAAAGAAGGCGGAAUAAGGAGUAUUUACAAAGGCACUGGAGCUACUCUCCUCAGAGAUGUUCCUGCCAGUGGAAUGUAUUUUUUAACGUAUGAGGGAAUCCAGAGACUGAUGGCUGAAGACGGCAAGAAAUUGAGUCUAUGGUCAACAAUAUUUGCUGGUGGCUGCGCAGGAAUUGCCAAUUGGGUCAUUGGAAUGCCACCUGAUGUCCUCAAGAGUCGUUUCCAAACUGCUCCAGAAGGAACUUAUAAAGGCAUCGGAGAUGUAUUCAAACAACUAAUGCGUGAGGAAGGACCUCUUGCACUCUAUAAAGGAGUUGUGCCUGUAAUGCUCCGAGCGUUUCCUGCCAAUGCUGCCUGCUUCCUCGGUUUUGAACUUGCUCUGAAUGGCCUCAACUGGGCAGCGCCCAAUUUAUAAUGCAUUCACACAUAUAAGUGACUAGGUGAUAAAGCGAAUUUAUUAUCAAUUUAUAUCAGGUUUUUCUGAUACUUUAUGGUCAUUAUAAAUUUUAUAUACAGAGUUUAACUCCUGUCUUUAAUGAAGCACAAUGAUUUGAAAAUAUAGAAAUUAUUUUCAGCGAAUAAA